CUGGUGGCCAAUCGGCGCGGUGGCCAGAAUCUGAUCUACAAGGGUCACAUGUACUCGGUGGAGCGCAAGUACCAUGCCAGCAUCAAUUGGGUGUGUACCAAGAACAGCAAUCUCAUGAUCCGUUGCCCCGCGCGCUGUGUGACCAACACGAAUGACAGUAGCAUCAGGCUCAGUCACAGAUCCCACAACCAUGCCGCCAAUCUGUUCAAGGUGCACAAGCCCAGGCAGUUUACACGCGAGCGCCGCCGGCAUCGCCAGAGUGUUCCCUAGUCUUAAUUCCUAAACUAAGUCUUAGAUUUUUAAGCCUGCAAUCUACGCAUAACCGAAACCAUGUUCUGCACUCAUCUCACUAACCACAGCCCCCCGUCUCUUAACUCUACUUGCAUGCAGCCGCU